UAACAUAAUCAAUUACCAAUUCUUUGUCCUCCUUUUCAAAAGUGACAUAUAACAACAUAUAUUAGAAUCGGGAGAACAAAGAAUUACACGUUCCAUGAAAAGGUCAAAGAAAACUAGAACACAAGAAAUGAUAUAAAAAAUCUAACUCAUGUUUGCACAUUAAUUGAACGUUUAUAUUAUUCAUUUAUUGUUAAUUAUAAUGUAUAAUAGUUAAAUUUGAGGGCAACCUUGGAAUAUUAAAAGUGCAUGAGGGUAUAUGGGUAAAAUCUCAUCAAAGAUUUAUGCCAUAUUCCAAAUCCCACAUCAACAUGUGGGAUUUAUAAGUCCGUGGGGUCCACGGAUUCGGACCCUUAAAAUUCGUGGGCCCCACGGAUUUGGUCUCCAAAAAAGGUGCAAGCAAACAACGGAUUGUACCUAAAUCCUUGAUAGUUGAUUUUUUGGUACCAAAUCCAUGUACCAUAUCCUUGAAGCAAACGACCCCUAAAUCAUUACUUGUUGUUGGUCGAAAUUGUCCAAAUUUUUCUUAUGGCGGCUAUAUACAGGUCUCGGUUGCUCAUUAAAGAAAUUGACUGGCAUUACGAGCCUCGUAUACUUGCAGAUAAGUUAUCUUCUCCGUAGCAAUGCUACUCUCUUUAGGUUUUGGAGGAUAUAGUAUAAUAGGGGUUUUUUUUUUAUCUUUACAAUUUCAAACGCUCAUUCGACAAAUUUGGGAUGCGAAGAUCUCUUAUACUAUUGAAGUUAUGCAUUAAGGUUGUCUCUAUUUAGCUAACCAAGGACAUUUCAUCUAGUUUUGGCACAAUGAGUCAAACUUUUCAUAUUGGUUCUUGUAUGACACUAUGAAUAUUUUUUCAAUCUUUUUUAAUUGAAAUAUCAAGUAAAUGCACCUUUUUAGCACUCAUUUUCUAAGAAAUUGUAUCUUACUCAUUUUAGUCCCGUCAAUUUUCAAUUUUCAACCACCCACGGUAAAAAUGAGUAGCAGUCUCCUACGAAUACAAUUUUGAUAUCUUGCUAACAGACGCCUUGUGAGAACGCACGGCGUGGACAAUCAUAUAAUUAGAUCAAAGCAGUUGCAAUUACAAAAUCGUCACCACCUCAAUUCAGCGAUCACAAAAUCUCACUAUGUACUCGUGAACACCAUAGCGCGAGAUCGCUACCUGUACACACACAGUAAACCUACUAAAUUAUUGUUGUAUCACUGUCUCAGUUCUUGUCGAAGUGGUUAGUCCAUUGUUAUAAUUACCACUAAAUGCUCACCAUAUAAAUACACAGCUGAUGGCUACUGGUUUAGGUGCAGUUCACCAUCAAGCAAAAAGGGACAUCUCCUCCAAUGGUUUUGACUUCACCCAAGUCUUUACUCUAACUGAUCAAGCAGAUCAGAACAGAGACUCGACCACGUUUUAUCCGACUUUUGCAGGCCAGCAGUAUUCAUGUGGUGAAAAGACUAAAGAACAAACAAGUUGGAAGUUGAUAUUUGUAUAUAAUAUUACUACCUGGUCAAGGAUCGAUGGCCACAGCCAUGAACAGUAGCGGGGAAGAAGAAAGAAAGAAGGAAGAAGAAUCGUUGCUGUUGUAGUCCAAGUGGGUUGCUGGUGGCUGAAUUGGACUUCCAUGGAGGGGAAAGGAAAGGCCCUGCGGGCUGCGUCGGUGGACAGAGGUUUCCCACAUGUUUGGAUGCAGUGACGAAGUUAGGAUUUAGAGCGAUGAGGGGGCGCGGAUUAGAACUCUGGUCGGGUUUUAGUUUAGGGUUGUUAAUGAGCUGGAGUUGGUUGAGGAGUGGUUCGUCGUUUGACAAAUUGUUCGAUUAAAGAAAAACUCGACUCGAACCCUAGUUGAAUUUCAGUUUAGGGUUGUUGUUAAUGAGUUGAUCGGUUUAGAAGCGGUUGGUCGUUCGAUUCGGGGAAAAAAAAAGACGAGUCUAAACAAAAAAAAUAAAACCUCAACUUCACUCGAUUCAUUAGUAGCCUUAAUCCGGUUAGACACGAAGUCAAAUCUCUAUCAACCAACUACUAAUUGACCACAAAACCCAAAUUGACAGAACGGCCCAUGACUUUAAUUGACUAAUGACUAUCGACCCACUGAGCUAAUCGCUCCAUACUUCCAUUACUUUUACUCCAUAAUUUCCCCUUGUUUUCUCUUUUUCCGGAAUGCGUUAGGGUGAUUACUCAAUGUGUAAUCACCGUGGCUACUAAAAUCUACAUCAUUUAUUAUCUCUAUUUCAUCCUAAUUUUAAUUUGACGAUGAAGAUUAGAUUAAGGGUAAUUUUGAGAAUAAAAAAAUACCACACCUGAUUUUUAUCCUUUAACAAAUUAAUUUCUAUAUAUUAUAUAAUUAAACCCUACUCCAACCCCAUUCUCUAUCUCCGUCAACGCCUCUCCUGUUGGUGGUUCCCUUCCUCCGUUGGCGGCGGCCGUCCUUCCAAAGGCGACCACCCUCGGCCAACCUCCCACUGCCGGCGGCCACCCCUCCACUCCGGCUACCCUCGCCCACUGCUCUCUCUCACACUCUCCUCUCUCUCUCUCUCUCUCUCUCUGGGAAACGACUGUGGCUGGAAAAUGUAGGAUGAAUAAAAACCCUAGAUUUGAUUUUUUUCGCAUUGGUAGUGAUUUUUUUUUGUAGUGGUAGUGUCUUUUUGCAUUGGUAUUGUUUUUUCCUCAUUGGUAGUAACUUUUUCGUAAUGGUAGUGUUGUUUCGCAUUGGUAUUGUUUUUUUCUGCAUUGGUAUUGAUUAUCAUGUAAGUGUAUUGCUUUUAGUGAAAUGGUAGUUUUCUUAUUCUGUAGUGGUAGUGUUUUUCACAUUGUUAUUAUUUUAUUUUUAUUUUUGCAUUGAUAUUGAUUAUCAUGUAAUGGUAUUGAUUUGCAUGUAUUGAUAUUGAUAAAUCUGCAAUGGUAUUAGUGUUUUGUGAAAUGGUAGUGUUCUUAUUUCACGAAUGGUAUUGAUGUUUUAUGCAUUGAUAUAUUCUUUAAUGGAUUGAUAUUAUUUUAUUGUUGCAACAAUAGUAGUUCGACUGAACGAAAACAAGGAAAAUAUUGAAAAAAAAGAAGAAGAGAGAUAUGGCAGGAGAUUGUGGAAGUGAGAGAAAGAGAGCGAAAAUUGUAAUUAAUAUAUUUUUGAAACUUCCUAGAAUGUAAUUUGUUAAAAAAUGUAAUUAAUAAUUUUUUUGUCAUACCCAAUUUGCUCUUAGUAACCACGGUGAUUACUACUGUCCCUUUUUUUCCAAUCCAUAAUUCCUAUUUAUACGAGAUUGCUUUCUCGUCUUCUAUUAAACUUUGAUUAUAAAAAAAAAGUUGAUAAACUUUUCAAUAUUGGGGUUUUUCAGAGAAAUAUACUAUAGUUACAAAUACAAUAUUUUGACUUUCGUCAACUCUACAUAAAUUUAUAUAAAAAAGAAGCUGAAUAUACUUAACAUUUUUGU